AUGUCAAUCAUUAAUCAAUUAACUGCAAUUUCACCAAUCGAUGGUAGAUACUGGGAUAAAUGUAGUUCAAUGAGUGACUACUUCUCAGAGUACAGUUUAAUUAAAUAUAGAGUUUUGGUGGAGAUUGAAUAUUUCAUAAAGUUGACGACUGUCGCCGACAUCAAGCCUUUGGUGGCACUCAAUACCGAGCAACAACAUGUCGCCCUCCGAAAGAUCUACCAGGAAUUCAACGAAGCCGAUGCCAUCAAGAUUAAGAAUAUCGAGAAGGUUACCAAUCACGACAUCAAGGCCGUAGAGUAUUUCAUCAAGGAGAAGAUGACUGCCGCGCCAUUCAACUACUCCGACGCCAUCACCGAGUUCAUCCACUUUGGACUGACAUCGCAAGACGUCAAUAACACCGCCAUUCCUCUGUCCAUAGUAAAGGCAAUCGACGAGGUUAUCGUGCCACAACUCAACAGCUGUGCCGUCCAGCCACUCCAAGCACUGGCCAGCUCGACCCGCACCGUGCCAAUGCUGGCACACACCCACGGUCAGCCCGCCACUCCAACCACCGUCGGCAAGGAAUUCAUGGUGUUCCUCGAACGUCUUCAGAACCAGAUUGCAUUGCUCGAGCAAUGUCCACAUACCACCAAGUUUGGUGGUGCCACCGGUAACUUGAACGCGCACUACGUCGCCUAUCCCAACGUCGACUGGAUCGCGUUUGGCGAGAGUUUCGUCGCUUCCCUCCAUCCAAAGUUGAAGCGUUCGCGUUUCACCACUCAAAUCGAACACUACGACAACUUGGCUGCGCUAUUCGACGGUCUCAAGCGUAUCAACACCAUCUUGAUCGACUUGUGUCGUGACAUCUGGACAUACAUCUCCAUGGAGUACUUUGGACAGCGCGUUAUCAAGGGUGAAGUCGGUUCCUCCACCAUGCCACACAAAGUCAAUCCAAUCGAUUUCGAGAAUGCUGAGGGUAACAUGGGUGUCGCCAAUGCACUGUACGAGCAUCUCGCCGCCAAGCUGCCAAUCUCGCGUUUGCAACGUGACUUGACAGACUCGACCGUGUUGCGUACCGUCGGUGUGCCAUUGGCACACUCGUUGCUCGCAUUCAAGUCGCUGCAACGUGGUCUUGGCAAGUUGGUGCUCAACGAGCAACCACUGCACCACGAUCUCGAUCAAAACUGGGCAGUCAUCUCCGAGGCUAUUCAAACCAUUUUGCGUCGUGAAGGUUAUCCAAAGCCAUACGAAGCACUCAAGGAACUCACACGUGUCUCUGGUUCCAAGAAAAUCUCACAACAAGACAUCCACAACUUUAUCGAUACCCUUCAAGUUUCAGAUCAAGUCAAACAAGAACUUAAAGUUAUUACACCAUUCAAUUAUUUAGGUUUCAUUCCAGAGUUUUAA